AUGGACGAUCCGGAAUUCGAUACUCAGACAGAUCUACAGACACAGAGCAUUUUGCUCGCCGCUGCAAACCACGAUAUCGCCUCUCUUCGCAACCUUCUUCGCAACUCUUCCGCAAACGUUCAAGAUUCCGAGACCGGCUUCACACCUCUACACGCUGCGAUCGCUGCUUGUGAGCCCGACGAAGAUGACGCGAAGCAUACCAAUGGAGGCACGAACGGAGACCUACCUGAAGAGGGCAAGGAUGAGAUGAGCAGCGCUGUGAAGACCAUCAAAUUUCUUUUCGAGAACGGCGCGAUAUGGAACGACCUGGAUUCAAAUGGCGAAACACCGGGAUGCAUAGCGCAUAGACUGGGCCUGAAGGAGCUGUAUGAGCUCUGCGUUGACGCAGGUGUGCGUGCAGAAAUGCUGCUGAGUCGCAUGGAGCAAUACCAACUUCUUGGAGACGAUGAUUCAGACGAAGAUGAUGACGAAGAAGAUGAAGCCGACGAGGUAGCUGAAGAUGUCGAGGUAGUGGAUAUAAGCCAAGAAGAAGCGCAGGGCGAUGAAUCUACCGAGAACCCAAACUAUCUUUCUUCAAAGCUCACUUUCGACCGCGACCGAUUACUGGAUGACUCUUCGAACGGAGUCAUGAUGGAGUGGGAGACAACUCUCAUGCGCAGAUCCGCGGAACUGCUGGUACCGACAGAAGGGCUUCGUGUCAUGAACGUAGGUCACGGUAUGGGUAUCAUAGAUGGUAUCCUCCAAGACAAGAAGCCAAAAACUCAUCACAUCAUUGAGGCGCACCCGGAUGUUAUCAAGCGCAUGAAAGAGCAGGGAUGGCAUGAGAAGCCAGGUGUUGUCAUUCAUGAGGGCCGCUGGCAGGACAUUGUACCAGGUCUCGUCGAAAAAGGCGAACUAUUCGACGCUAUCUACUUCGAUACAUUCGCCGAAGAGUAUAAAGCACUACGCGAGUUCUUCACAGAGCAUGUCAUUGGACUCCUUGAUCCUGCUGGUGGUUCCGACGGCGAAGGAGGCAAGUUCGGAUUCUUCAACGGCAUGGGAGCAGAUCGCCAAAUUGUCUACGAUGUUUACAACAAGAUUGUCGAAUUUGAUCUUUUCGAGGCCGGCUUCGACACAGAGUGGGAAACGGUCGCCGUGCCUGAUCUGGAUGAGAAGGGUGAAUGGGAAGGCGUGAGGAGGAAGUACUGGGUACUUAAUGAGUACAAGCUUCCAACAUGCACUUUUAUCGGUUGA